AUGUGUGUGUUGUCAAAGGAAGGCUUUCAUGGCCAGAAUCACUGGGUUGCUGUGAGUUUUACAGGCUGUAUGGUCAUGUUCCAGAAGCAUUCUCUUCUGACAUUUUGCUCACAUCUGUGUGGUUGUGAGGUCUGUUGGAAACUAAGCAAGUGGGGUGUAUAUAUCUAUGGAAUUAUGUCCAGGAUGGUAGAAAGAACUCUUGUCUGUUGGAGGCAAGUGUGAAUGUUGCAGUUGAUCACCUUGAUUAGCAUUGAAUUGUCUUGCAGGUUCAAAGCCUGGCUGCUUUCUACCUGGGAGAAUCCUUUAUUGGGCUGUGUUACCUGGCCCUGAUUGUUUCCUGUUUGUCUUCUGAGUGUUGUUCUUUAUUUACUGUCCUGAUUUAAGAGUUUUUAAAUACUGAGAGCCAGAUUGUGUUCAUUUUCAUGGUUUCUUCCUUUCUGUUGACAUUGUCCACAUGCUUCUUGUGGAUUUCAAUGGCUUCUCUGUGUCGUCUGAGUAGUUCUGCCAGCCGGGGUCUUGGGGUAAUUAUCGUAUAUACUCAAGUAUACGCCGACCCGAAUAUAAGCCGAGGCACCUAAUUUUACCACAAAAAACUGGGAAUACAUUAACUGUUCAACUCUGAUUAAGUCAUUUUCAUCUUCUUCAAUGUAAAUGUGCUUGUGUGUCCUUUUAAUAAUAAUAGACUGAAAUAAUAAAUGUAAUAAUAAUAAAUGCAGUAAAAUAAUACAUGUAGUAAUAAAUAGAGUAAAAUAAUAAAUGUAUUAAUAAUAAUAAAAAUAGAGUAAAAUUAAUGUAAAAGUAACAACGAUAAUAGAGAAAAAUAAUAAAUGUAAUAAUAAUAAUAAAAAUAAUAAAUGUACAGUAGAGUCUCACUUAUCCAACACUCGCUUAUCCAACGUUCUGGAUUAUCCAACGCAUUUUUGUAGUCAAUGUUUUCAAUACAUCAUGAUAUUUUGGUGCUAAAUUCGUAAAUACAGUAAUUACUACAUAGCAUUACUGUGUAUUGAACUACUUUUCUGUCAAAUUUGUUGUAUAACAUGAUGUUUUGGUGCUUAAUUUAUAAAAUCAUAACCUAAUUUGAUGUUUAAUAGGCUUUUCCUUAAUCCCUCCUUAUUAUCCAACAUAUUCGCUUAUCCAACAUUCUGCCGGCCAGUUUAUGUUGGAUAAGUGAGACACCCUACUGUAACAAUACCAAUAAUAGAGAAAAAUAAUAAAUAUACCAUAUAUACUUGAGUAUAAGCCGACCUGAAUAUAAGCCCAUCAGGACCCUCACCCGAGUAUAAGCCGAGGAGGUUUUUUUUUUCAGUACUAAAAAAAGGCUGAAAAACUAGGCUUAUACUCGAGUAUAUACAGUAUUGUCAUGCAGCCAGAUCCCAGGGCUGAAUUUCCAAGCCCUGAAUCUGACUUCAUAACAUAAACAUGCGAGCACCUGGCGGGAGAAGAUAAAAUGAGCCUGGGAACUCAGGGGUGAAAGUAUAAACAAUUAUAAUUGCUGUAGUGUGGGGGGAUAGAAACCUUGGUGGAAAUGUGAUCCAGAAGGUGGGGUUUGAUGAUGAUAUUUGCGUGUGAUAUUACGUUGCAUCAGAAGUGAUAAAAUUAGAUGUAUGUAAACAUUAGGUCAUUCUCGACUUUUCCAAAGUCAUGUAUUCUUCAAUAAAGAUUGUGUUUGAGAGCAGCUGUCUUUGAUCUGCGUUCAGACUGGUCCUUUGAAGUAAGCCUGACAUUAAAGUCGAGAAUCCCAUUUCUCACCCUCCUGCGGAAUUCGCAGUGAAGUGAUAAUGAGCGAGGAAGAAGAUCAAAGCCCAAAUGAGGCAGAGAGGCCUUUGCAAGGGGCCCGGCCGAAGAGAGAAGAGACGCUGCAAGCCAUAGCUUCCUCUACGGGGUACCCCAAGCCGAACGGCGUGACCCAGAGAAUUCCCAGGCUCGGAAGAGGCGUCUCUGCAGCUGCAGAAACCAGUUGGGGAUCUGGAGGAAGUAUGCCGGAGACCGUGGCCCUGCGGUUAUCCAUCCUGGAAACUAAUUUAUCCAGGCUGUCGGAAACCGUGGGGAGAUUGGUGCCAUUAUUGGAAGAAAAUCUCCAGAAGGAGGCCAGCCGAUAUGGCGCCGAGAGAGAACCAAGCAAAGAAGGAGAUUGGAGCCAGAGGGGCCAGCGGGCGUCAACGCAGAGCCCCGUGGCGGCAAGGGACGAGGGAGAUGAGGAAUACUGGCAGGAGCUGCAGUUCCGGGGCAGCAUGGCGCGAGAAGUGGAGCGUCAGCGAGCCCUGGGGACCCUGAGGCCGCCGUCUCCAACAGAGCUCCCAACCCCCCGAAUGGGCGUCGGGGUGGAAAGGCCACUGGGGCCAGGGAUCGGGUCCAGUGGAUUCGCAGACGAAGGCGGAGAGGAGCGGGGGGUCCAGGAAGAGGAGGAGGAUGUGCCGUACGACGAGGAAAGGCGAGAUGAGGAGGCUACAGCUAGGCCAGUAUGCGGAUGGGCGGAAGAGCCAACAGCGGCGGCAGACUUCCAGGAGCCGCGCAGAAUGACCACCGGAGUGGGGCGCGGCGUGUUCCAAGGAGCCACCCGAGGAAACCUGAUGCAACCCUUCCCCAUGCCGCCCAGACAAUAUCAAAGGGCUGCAGAAUGGAUGCCUAGAAGGGAAGAUCUCAAGCUGGAAUACGGAGGGGAAUCAGAGGAACUGAACUUUUUUCUAAUUAGCAUUAGAGGAUACAUGGAAGACAACGCACACACAUUUCCCUCCGAAGCAAGCAGGGUUCGAGCCAUCGGCAACACACUAAAGCGAGGAGCAGCCAGCUGGUAUGUGCAAUUGCAUGCCAGACGCGACCCAUGCCUGAGGUCAGUGCCCCGCUUCCUCGCCGCACUGGAGAACCGGUUCAGAGACCGGCUAGAGCAAUUGAGGGCUCGAGACCAGCUGAAAGGAAUAAAACAGAGGGACAAAACGGUGCCCGAGUACGCAGAGGAAUUCCUCCACCUCGCGGAAAGGGUACCGGAGUGGUCUGAAGUAACCAAAGUGGAACUAUUUAAAGAGGGACUACGCCCCGAGAUUUUCAGCUGGGCAGCGCACAGAGACGACCCCGAGACGCUCCAGGGAUGGAUUCAACUAGCGGGGCGCGUCGAAUCUACCCUGGCACAAGUAAAGCGCUUCAGGAGCAGCAGCGGCCAGCAAAGACCGGUGGCGAGAGGUCGAGGAGAAACGAGGAAGCAAGAAAGACCCGGAGGGAGGCCGGGGAUUCCCUCCAGAGGAGACGACAACAAACCUAAACCGGGAUGCUUUGUAUGUGGGAAGACGGGCCACCGAGCAGCGGAAUGCUGGGCCCGGAAGGGGGAGCCGCCAAAAGCCCCAAAGCCCAAGCCAGCAACCGGGAGGCGUGCGGAGGAGGAGGUGCAGGCCCCAGAAUCUUCGGAAAGAUUGGACUAUGGUGAAAGAAGAACCGAAGAGGAGGACGAAGAAAACGGGGGCGCCAUGUCAUGCAGCCAGAUCCCAGGGCUGAAUUUCCAAGCCCUGAAUCUGACUUCAUAACAUAAACAUGCGAGCACCUGGCGGGAGAAGAUAAAAUGAGCCUGGGAACUCAGGGGUGAAAGUAUAAACAAUUAUAAUUGCUGUAGUGUGGGGGGGAUAGAAACCUUGGUGGAAAUGUGAUCCAGAAGGUGGGGUUUGAUGAUGAUAUUUGCGUGUGAUAUUACGUUGCAUCAGAAGUGAUAAAAUUAGAUGUAUGUAAACAUUAGGUCAUUCUCGACUUUUCCAAAGUCAUGUAUUCUUCAAUAAAGAUUGUGUUUGAGAGCAGCUGU